AUGACUUGUACGUUCGACUCAGUUCAGAUCCGGCUCCGAUUGAAAUGGCUCCGAAGCUUUACACUACCGACUUAAGUCCUCCUGCAAGAGGAGUCGUACUUACCGAAAAGGCACUGGGUAUAAAGUUGGAUCAUGUUCAUCUUGACUUAAUGAAUGGCGAUCACGUUAAGCCAGAAUUUAUCAAGAUGAAUCCACAACACACAAUCCCGACAUUAGUUGAAGACGACGGAUCCGUAAUUUGGGACAGCCACGCCAUCAUGACGUACCUGGUCGAUAAAUAUGGAAAGGACGAUUCACUUUACCCGAAAGACCUAAUCAAAAGGGCAGCCGUAGAUCAAAGACUGCAUUUCGAGAGCGGAAACAUGUUUUCCCUGUUGCGGCGGAUUGUUAUUGGUUUUAAAUUGGGUGCAAAAUGCGUGGAUCCUCAUUGCGUCGACUUGGUGAAUGAACAGUACGCUUUUCUGGAUGCGUUCGUGGAUGGUCAUAAAUGGAUGGUCGGUGAUGACUUGACCGUCGCUGAUUUCAGUUUAAUCUCCAGUUUAACGUCGAUGGCAACGAUCGUUCCAGUCGAUGCUAAGUAUAAAAAUCUUUGGGGUUGGAUGAAGAGGUGCGAGGAUUUACCGUACUACGAAAUUAAUAAGAAAGGAACCCAAGAUUUUAAAGCUUACUGGACUAAAUUCAAAAAUGCAUAGAAAAAUAAAUACAUUUUCUGUUGUUCCUUAAA